CUUUGAAUAUCUUUCGAUUAAAAUGUUUAUUUCCUCGGACAGUUUUGAGAAAAUCUCCUCCGAAAACCCGGGGAAAAUCUCCUCCGAAAAUCCGGAUAAAACGGAGAUAAAGAAGCAAAGAUUAGAACUACUGGAAAAGCUUCAGAAUUAUGAAUGUAUGUCUGAAGAGCAACGAAUACUUCAAUAUUUACUGAUUGAUAUACUAAACCUGAAACAUGGAUUGGAAGAUUUUCUUCAUCUUAUUGAAGAAAUCCAUCUGUUUGAACACUAUAACAUAGCAGAUAUAAAAACUUUGCUUGUAAACACUGCCAGACAUCAUAUAGCGUGUACAACCAAAAUGUAUAAACUGGGAUUGAAUUGGUUUAGUUUUGAUCCUGGUUUAGGGAUGAAAUUCAUUCUUCCAGGGCGUGAGGUGGAGGAGAGAGAGGAUGGCGAUGAUGCUUUGAUUGAGUUUGAAGAUAUUAAGGUUGCAGUGGAGGAUAUGGAUGAUCUUCCUGUAAAAGCCGUGCAGCAAAAUCAGUCAGAGUCUUCUAGGGUUAAAGAUGAAAAAGAACAUUUAAAAGAUGGCAAGGAAGAGGAGAAAUUGUUUGAAGAAUGCGAAGAGUGCGACUAUGUUAGUACCAGUAAACUCAACUUGAAACAUCAUGUAGAAUCUGAACACAAUAAGAAGGAAUUUUUAUGUAAAAAGUGUGACUAUGUUGGGACUUCAAAGUGGAAAUUAAAACUUCACAAUAGAAGCAAACAUAAAGAAAGUAAAUAUACCUGUGAUGAUUGUGAUUUCUCCUGCAGUGAUCUAUUUAAUUUUAAAAAGCAUCAAAGAAGAAAACAGUGUCUACAAGAACAAAAUUAUAAAGAUAAAGAUCCCGAUGAUUUACCAGAAGAGUAUCCCUGUUUUAAAUGCGACUUUAUUGCGUUUAAACUGAAUGAAUUGAAAAAGCACAAGCUAAGGGAACAUGAAGCUAAGUACUUUGAAUGUGACCUCUGUGAUUUCGUGGGAGCAGCCAAAAAUACUUUAAAGAAUCACAAGUUGAGUAUUCAUGAAGGAGUUGAGUAUCCAUGUGAUAAAUGUGAGUUUGUGUGCAAUGAUAAAGGAAAUUUAAAACGACACAUGCGAACAAUGCACAGUGGAUCAGAUGGGCCUCGUUUCCAAUGUGACUUGUGCGAAUUUAUUUUUAACGACAGUUCUAACUUGCAACGACACAAGAGAACCAUCCACGACGUGAACUAUCCCUGUGAUAUGUGUGGUAUAAUCUGUAGCACACAGUUCAGUUUGAAGAAACACAUGAAGGAUGAUCAUGGCCUGGAACCGGAUCGAAAAGACGAUAUGGAUACAGUUCUAAACUGUGAUCAAUGUACUUACUCAACGAAGAAGAAACAUCUACUCAAGAGUCACAAAGAAAACAUGCACGACGGAGAACGUUUUCCCUGUGACCUGUGUGAAUAUGUGGCAACACGAAAGAUAUAUUUGAAUACACACAAGCAGAGCAAACACGAGGGUGUUAGGUAUCCCUGUGAUCAAUGUGAAUAUCAGGCGAUGGAGAUUAUAACGCUGAGAAAGCACAAGGAACGAAUGCACAGUGAUAUCCGGUAUUUUUGUGAUCAGUGUGAAUACUCGUCUUCGGCAAUGCAAAAUUUGAAAUUACACGUUGGAAGCAAGCACGAAGAUGUGAAAUAUCCCUGUAACAAGUGUGAUUAUGUCGGGGCCCUAUCGCGACACUUAAAAAGUCACAUUCAGAAAGUUCACGAAAAGUCUAAGAGUUUUAUGUGUGAUCAGUGCGACUAUGUGACGCACAUUAAGGAUUCUUUAAAGAGACACAUUGAAGUAAAACAUGAGGGGGUUAAAUAUCCCUGCAAUCAAUGCGACAAUACAUUUACCACUCAUAGCAGUCUUGCAAGGCAUUUAAAAAGUAAACAUAGCAUUUGAUAAAGGCUUUACUUAAAUCUUUUUUAGAUUUUUAGAUUUCCAAUGAACAUAAAUUAAAAACAUUAAAAAAAAACUUAUUCAUUGUUUAUUAGUUUGAUCUCUGAUGUCGUGACUUUACAUCAUCUAGUGUUUCUUAAAUAACAUAACGUAGAAUAGGCUGUGAAUUUUUCAUUUCAAAUUAUUUUAAUUUACCUCAUUAUAGUACAAACAGUUUAAUCAGUGUUUUUUUAAAGGUUCUUAACAUUUUAAGUAUAAAUAGUAUAUUAAUUAAAGACGCCAAGCACUUCGGAACUUUUAAAGUCAAUGUCAUAUGUUAAUUUCACUUAAUUUAUGUGAAGUAAAAAAUUCAAAAGCUUUACAGUGCAACUAUGUCUUUGUCAAAGACUUUUGCCGAAAAGUGUUAAAAACAGUGUUUUUGUUUGUAACUAAACUUAAAAGUGUCUUUAAAUGGACCCUAACAAGCGCAACAAUCUAAACCGAAAAAGUAGAAAAUUUAUUUUUAUUUUAAGCACUCAAUUUGAAAAAAAUCAAAAUAGCAUUAUUUGAAAACGAAAGCCCACGGGUUAAUUUUAAUCAAACUCCAAUAUACAAACAAUAAAUUUCAAUGAAAAAGUAAUGAUUUAUAAUAUUUGUAUGUAAUGGCACCAUUUAAGAUAUUUAUUUACAAGGAAAACUACUGAAAAAAAGACUUAUAAAUCUUUAGACUUUGACUAAUUUAAUAUUCUAUUGAGUGAUUAAUCAAAAAAAAAUAUAACUUCAACUUUUUCACUUUUUAAGUCAAUAACUUAAUUUUACUAGUGACAACAAACCUAAUAAUUUACACAACAGUUAAUCAAAAUUCAUUAAAUACAAGAAUGUAUUAUAUUGUUAUUUUUUGUCUUUUUUCAAAAAGUUUACUCUAAUGUUUACACUAUUUUUUAUCUAGCCUGGGAACCCAGUUUUGUCUGGAAAUUACACUUCCUCGUACUCACCCAGGUUUAACAAACAAAUAUACAUGCAGAAAUUACUGCUUUAUUAAUAUGGACGCCGUCCAAUUACUUUCUUCCUAAAAUUACAGAAUCAAAAUCUAUAAUAAAACAAGACAUUCAUAUAUGUUCCUUAUAGCCGACCAAACGGCUAGACCUAAUGGACUGACAUUUUUUGGGUUGUCGGCGGGUGUUAAAGACUAAAAAAAAUCGAUUUUUUAAAAAAUUAAAUUUUUUCCAUGGGUAAGCUGGGCCCUUCAGCUAGUAUAAAAUAUAAUCAUAAAUUGAAAAUCCGUUAAUGAGAUAUUAUUAUAUACACCAUUCACCUCUAAAUGUUUAAAACCUAUUCAAUUGUAAAAAAAAACCUGAAUUAGCUUAAAUUUGUCACUUGUAUUUAAAUUUACACAUAUUCUUAUUUCUUAAUAUUUCA